AUGUCUGCUCCAGCUCCAGCUUCUGCUCCAGAAGGUCAACAAAAGAGAGGUGGUUUCGGUAACCGUAACAGAAGAGGCGGUAACAGAAGAGGUGGUAGACCAGAAGAGAAGGCCUGGGUCCCAGUCACCAAGCUAGGUAGACUAGUCAAGGCUGGUAAGAUCACCACCAUUGAGGAAAUCUUCUUGCACUCUUUGCCAGUCAAGGAAUUCCAAAUCAUCGACACUUUGUUGCCAAACUUGCAGGAUGAAGUCAUGAACAUCAAGCCAGUUCAGAAGCAAACCAGAGCCGGUCAAAGAACCAGAUUCAAGGCUGUCGUUGUCGUUGGUGACAGCAACGGUCACGUCGGUCUAGGUAUUAAGACCGCCAAGGAAGUCGCUGGUGCCAUCAGAGCCGGUAUCAUCAUUGCCAAGCUUGCUGUCAUUCCAAUCAGAAGAGGUUACUGGGGUACCAACCUGGGUGAGCCUCACUCUUUGGCCAACAAGUCCACCGGUAAGUGUGGUUCCGUUACCGUCAGAUUGAUCCCAGCCCCAAGAGGUUCCGGUAUUGUCGCCUCCCCAGCCGUCAAGAAGCUUCUGCAAUUGGCCGGUGUCGAGGAUGUCUACACCCAAUCCAACGGUAAGACCAGAACUUUGGAGAACACUUUGAAGGCUGCCUUCGUUGCCAUCGGUAACACUUACGGUUUCUUGACCCCAGACCUAUGGACCGAACAGCCAUUGCCAUUGUCUCCAAUGGACAUCUACGCUGACGAAGCUGCUGUCCAAAAGAAGAGAUUCUAA